GCGCCUGCCCCGCGCCGCAUGGAGGGCGCAGGGGCCCCGGGGGCCGGGCCGGCGCGGAGCCGGGGAGCCCGGGGGCCCACGUCGCCGCCGCCGCCGCCGCUGCUGCUGCUUCUGCCGCUGCUCUGGCUGCUGCCCGGCCCCGCGGCGCCCCAGGAGCUGAACCCGCGCGGCCGCAACGUGUGCCGCGCGCCCGGCUCCCUGGUGCCCACGUGCUGUGCCGGCUGGAAGCAGCAGGGAGACGAGUGUGGGAUUGCGGUGUGCGAGGGCAACUCCACGUGCACGGAGAAGGAGGUCUGCGUGCGCCCCGGCGAGUGCCGCUGCCGCCACGGCUACUUCGGUGCCAACUGCGACACCAAGUGCCCGCGCCAGUUCUGGGGCCCCGACUGCAAGGAGCUGUGCAGCUGCCACCCGCACGGCCAGUGCGAGGACGUGACGGGCCAGUGUACGUGCCACGCGCGGCGCUGGGGUGCGCGCUGUGAGCACGCGUGCCAGUGCCAGCACGGCGCGUGCCACCCGCGGAGCGGCGCGUGCCGCUGCGAGCCGGGCUGGUGGGGCGCGCAGUGCGCCCGGGCCUGCUACUGCAGCGCCACGUCGCGCUGCGACCCGCAGACGGGCGCGUGCCUGUGCCACGCAGGCUGGUGGGGCCGCAGCUGCAACAACCAGUGCAACUGCAACGGGUCCCCGUGCGAGCAGCAGAGCGGCCGCUGCCAGUGCCGCGAGCGCACUUUCGGCGCGCGCUGCGAGCGUUACUGCCAGUGCUUCCGCGGCCGCUGCCACCCGGUGGACGGCACGUGCGCCUGCGACCCGGGCUACCGCGGCAAGUACUGCCGCGAGCCGUGUCCCGCCGGCUUCUACGGCCUGGGCUGCCGCGGCCGUUGCGGCCAGUGCAAGGGCCAGCAGCCAUGCACGGUGGCCGAGGGCCGCUGCCUGACGUGCGAGCCCGGCUGGAACGGUACCAAGUGCGACCAGCCGUGCGCCUCGGGCUUCUACGGCGAGGGCUGCGGCCACCACUGCCCGCCGUGCCGCGACGGCCACGCCUGCAACCACGUCACCGGCAAGUGCACGCGCUGCAACGCGGGCUGGAUCGGCGACCGGUGCGAGACUAAGUGCAGCAAUGGCACGUACGGCGAGGACUGCGCCUUCGUGUGCGCCGACUGCGGCAGCGGCCACUGCGACUUCCAAUCCGGGCGCUGCGUCUGCAGCUCGGGCGUCCACGGCCCCCACUGUAACCUGACGUGCCCGCCGGGGCUCCACGGCGUGGAGUGCGCCCAGGCCUGCAGCUGCCACGAGGACUCGUGCGACCCGGUCACCGGUGCCUGCCGCCUGGAGACCAACCAGCGCAAGGGGGUGAUGGGCGCCGGCGCGCUGCUCGCCCUCCUGCUGGGCCUGCUGCUCUCGCUGCUCGGCUGCUGCUGCGCGUGCCGCGGCAAGGACCCCGCGCGCCGGGAGCUCUCGCUGUCCAGGAAGAAGGCGCCGCAAAGGCUGUGCGGGCGCUUCAGCCGCAUCGGCAUGAAGCUGCCCCGGAUCCCGCUCCGCCGGCAGAAGCUGCCCAAGAUCGUAGUGGCGCAUCACGACCUGGAUAACACGCUCAACUGCAGCUUCCUGGAGCCGCCGUCGGGGCUGGAGCAGCCCUCCCCGUCGUGGUCCUCCCGGGCCUCCUUCUCCUCUUUCGACACCACCGAUGAAGGCCCCGUGUACUGCGUACCCCACGAGGAGGCGGCCCCCGAGGGCCCGGACGCGGAGGCCCCCAGCGCCCCCGAGGCGCCGUCCCCCGCGCCCCUGAGCACGCCCGCGUCGGCGGAGGAGGCGGCGCCCCUUCCCGCGUCCUCGGACAGCGAGCGGUCGGCGUCGAGCGUGGAGGGGCCCGGCGGGGCGCUGUAUGCGCGCGUGGCCCGGCCGGCCCGGGCCCGGGGCGAGGCUGGUGGCCUGUCGCUGUCGCCGUCGCCCGAGCGCAGGAAGCCGCCGCCGCCCGACCCCGCCACCAAGCCCAAGGUGUCCUGGAUCCACGGCAAGCAGGGCGCCGCCGCCGCCCGUGCGCCCUCGCCCAGCCCCAGCAAGCGGAAACGGACGCCCAGCGACCCGGCGCCGCGCCCCCCGGGGCUGGCGGAGGAGACGCCCGCCCUCGGCGCGCCCUCGCCGCCCCGGGGCCCGGGCCGAGGCCGCGGCCUCCCCGAGCCCCCCGACGCCGGCCCCCCGCGCAGCGCGCCCGAGGCCGCCUCCCUGCUGGCCGCCGAGCUGCGCGGCAAGACUCGCAGCCUGGGCCGCGCCGAGGGCGCGCAGGGCCCGCGGGAGAAGCCGGCGCCGCCGCAAAAGGCCAAGCGCUCCGUGCCGCCCGCCGCGCCCGAGGCCCCCCGCAGGAAGACGCCCAUCCAGAAGCCGCCGCGCAAGAAGAGCCGGGAGGCGGCGGCCGCGCCCAACCCCUAGCGGCGCCGGCCCGCCGCGCCCGCCGGCUGCUCCCCGGCUUCGCCGCGCUGCUUGCCGCCCCGCGUUCGCGCCCGGGCAGCCUCCCAUUGGCCGAGGGCCCGAGCGGCCCUGCGUCUCAUUGGUCAGAGACGGGAAGG